AUGUGGCUGAUGGCUGAUGGCUUCCGGAUGCGUGGCAAAUCGGCCGUACCGGACAUUGCGAUGGAUCGAACAUGGACGCGCGAAGAGGACCGACUCCUCCAGGAACUCAAGAGCUGUCAUAUCCCGUGGAAAUAUGUCUCCGUUGCAAUGGGGAACAGACCGGUCGCGCAGCUCAAAAGACGAUCGUAUCAUCUUCGAGAUCGCAGACCCAUGGAUGUCGAGGCUGUUGACUGGGGAGACCAACCAGAGGAUGGAAAUGCUUGGGUGGAGGAAGAAGACGAAGAGGAUGGAAAACGGAUUGUGGACAAAUCCCGACGUCGGGUGUCUUUCGCUGAUCCAUUGACUACUUGGGCAGGUAUUAAACUUUUCACGCUGACCGGUCAUUUGAAGGUUGACGAAAACUACGAUGACGAGGACGACGAUGGCGAUUAUUUGCCCCGACACCCGAAACUCAAGAAAGUGAGCUACAUCGAAAGCGACUUUACCCUGAAAGAAGUGCUUCUACUCCAUCGGAUCGCAGCGAAGUGGGAAAGGGACCGCUGGCUAUCCAUUAGCACCCGCUUCAAUGACAAGACCGGCCAUAGCCUUACCCCGGAGCAGGCCAAAUGGAUUGUCGAUAACUAA